AUUCUCGAACAAGCUUCUGAAAUUUACCGCCAAGUAUUAAUUAUCUUUCCGAAACAGUCCAACAUUUUACUAAAAUUACUAAAGUACCCUCCAUUCAUGAGGUUUUCAUUUUCUUUUCCUUCCCCAGCAAGCUUCUCAAUUCAAAAAAAUUUCGAAUCACCCGCUCCAAUUUUGCCCUAUAAAACCACACCGCCAUUGCAAGUCUUCUCCGUAGCAACUGUUUCUGUCUUUUCCCCAAAUCCCUCUGACAAUUUUUCCCUUCCAAUCGCGAAACCCUAAAACAAAGAUGCCUUCGAUGCCAGAGGAGCCUUUGCUUAAGCCGAACCCUGACAGGUUCUGCAUGUUUCCGAUUCAGUAUCCAGAGAUCUGGGAAAUGUACAAGAAGGCGGAGGCGUCGUUCUGGACGGCCGAGGAGGUUGACCUCUCCCAGGAUAUCCGCGACUGGGAGAAUACCUUAAACGACGACGAACGCCACUUCAUCACUCACGUCCUUGCAUUUUUCGCCGCCUCCGAUGGAAUUGUACUUGAGAAUCUCGCUUCUCGUUUCAUGUCUGAUGUUCAGGUGGCUGAGGCUCGUGCCUUCUAUGGGUUCCAAAUCGCAAUCGAGAAUAUCCACUCCGAGAUGUACAGUCUACUUCUCGAGACUUACAUUAAGGACUCGAGCGAGAAGGAUCAUCUCUUUCGCGCCGUUGAGACCAUCCCUUGCGUGGCCAAGAAGGCCGAUUGGGCUCUACGCUGGAUCGACGGCUCGGAGACCUUUGCCGAGCGUCUCGUGGCCUUCGCUUGUGUCGAAGGAAUCUUCUUCUCGGGUUCCUUCUGCGCGAUUUUCUGGCUGAAAAAGCGCGGUCUGAUGCCUGGUCUCACCUUCUCCAACGAGCUCAUUUCACGAGACGAAGGGCUUCAUUGCGACUUCGCGUGUCUGCUGUACGGAUUAUUGAGGAAUAGGCUGAGUGAAGAGCGUGUGCGGGGGAUUGUGAGGGAUGCCGUGGAUAUCGAGAGGGAAUUUGUUUGCGACGCGCUCCCUUGCGCGUUGGUCGGCAUGAACGGGGAUCUCAUGAGUCAGUACAUCGAGUUCGUAGCAGAUCGGCUGCUGGGUGCUCUGGGACAUGGUAAGAUGUAUAACGUGGCUAAUCCAUUUGAUUGGAUGGAGCUGAUUUCGUUACAGGGUAAGACCAACUUUUUCGAGAAGCGAGUAGGCGAGUACCAGAAGGCUUCGGUCAUGUCUAGCUUGAACGGAAAUGGUGGCAACCAUGUUUUCAAGAUGGACGAAGAUUUUUAGGGUCAUUUUGUAAUUGACUUUGUGCUUGGUGUAACUUCUAAUUUUUUAUUUGAUUUCUUAUAAAAAGAAUUUCUAAUUUGUUCUAGGAUUAAAGUUUCCUGAUAAAUAUUAUGGAUAAAGUUCA